UGGCCCAUUUUGGCCCAACCGUCUCUCCGACACUUUCGCCUCCAACCUUGAAAAUUCCGAAGCCGCCGUCGCCCGGUGGCCGCCCCUCCCUCCACCGAGGAGAUGUCCAUGCCGCAAUCCGUCCUCCUCCUCCCCUCCUUUUUACCCCCAGCUCCCCUCGUUCGCGUCGCCUCGCGGCCGCCGUCGUCGCCAUCCCUCACCGCCCUCAGAUUCCACCGCGUCGACGCCAAGCUUUCCCCACCACUCCUCGCGGCAUGCCACGGUCCUCCCGGCGGCUUCCGUGGUUAUGGUGACUCCGGCGGCAGCGAUGGAGGUGAUGGAGGAAGCGGAGGUGGUGGCGGGAGAGGAAUGGAUUCUCCUGAACCCGGAGACGGGUGGUGGCGGCGGUGGUUCCAGGCCCUUCACCCGGAGUUCCUUCUCCUGUUCCUGCUCCUCCAGUCCGGCGCCGCGUCCGCACUCGCUGAGGCACUCGGCAACUCCGGAGAUGACGCGGGGGGCGUGUGGGAGGUGAGGGGCGGCACGCGCACUCGCCUUGUGCCGGACUCAACCUGGACCUCCUAUCUCAUCGCUGGGGACGACGGAUCGAAGCGGGAGGACGAGGAUGGAAAGGUGGGAGACGGCCCUGAGGGCCUAGCCGCCCUGCGGAGGCAGCUGGGGCGGUCGUGGCGGCGGUGCGCCGAUGUUGCUGUCCAGCUGCUGCUCCCCGACGGAUACCCUCAUAGCGUCAGCAGCGACUACAUGAACUACUCGCUCUGGCGCGGCGUUCAGGGCGUGGCGAGCCAAAUCAGCGGGGUACUUUCCACGCAGGCUCUGCUCUAUGCGGUUGGGUUAGGGAGAGGAGCGAUACCCACUGCUGCUGCGGUGAAUUGGGUCCUGAAAGAUGGCCUCGGGUACCUUAGCAAGAUCAUGUUGUCCAAAUUUGGACGCCAUUUUGAUGUUAACCCCAAAGGGUGGCGGCUAUUUGCUGAUUUUCUGGAGAAUAUGGCUUAUGGGCUGGAGAUUCUGACUCCAGUGUUCCCUCACCUGUUUGUUCCAAUUGGGGCGGCUGCUGGUGCUAGUCGCUCAGCAGCUUCUUUGAUACAGGCUGCCACGAGAAGUUGCUUUUAUGCUGGAUUUGCAGUACAAAGAAACUUUGCUGAGGUUAUUGCAAAGGGUGAAGCGCAAGGAAUGGUUAGCAAAUUUGUUGGCAUAGGGCUUGGCAUUGCGUUGGCUAAUCAGAUUGGCUCAUCUGUACCAUUAGCUCUUAUUUCGUUUGCUGGAAUUACUGCAGUUCACAUGUAUUGCAAUCUCAAGUCGUAUCAAUCAAUUCAGCUCAGAACACUGAAUCCUUACCGUGCAAGCUUGGUGUUUAGUGAAUAUCUGUUAAGUGGACAAGUUCCAUCAGUCAAAGAAGUUAAUGAUGAGGAACCUCUUUUCUUCAAUCUGUCGCUUGGCGCUUCAUGUCAACAAAGCAAGAUUUUGUCAGCGGAAGCAAAAGAUGCUGCGGAUAGAAUAUGCCGGCGGUUACAAAUGGGUUCUAAGCUUAGUGAAAUAAUUGAGAGUAAAGAAGAUGCUUGUGCAUUGUUUGAUCUUUACAAAAAUGAGCAAUAUCUGCUUAUGGAUUACAAGGGAAAAUUUUGUAUUGUACUUAAAGAGGGAUCUUCUCCAGAAGACAUGCUCAAAUCUUUGUUCCAUGUUAACUAUCUGUAUUGGCUGGAAAGGUAUAUGGGUUUCAAACCAAGUAAUGUUGCCUCAGAGUGUAGACCUGGUGGAAGGCUUGAAGUAUCCCUGGAUUAUGCUCAGAGAGAAUUCAGCCAUGUCAAACAUGAUGGUUCUGAUGGUGGCUGGGUUAUGGAUGGUCUGAUUGCAAGGCCCUUGCCCGUUAGAAUACGAAUAGGAGAUGGUGCUCCUUAGGACUUUGCUCUAUUAACUGUCCUCAGAGCUACAUCCCUUGGAAAUGUACAGUUUACUUAUUAUCUGAUCAAGUUUAGGGAGAGUAAUAUUUUACCAACAGUCCUCAAAUAACCUGGUGCUCGCCUGCAGUUUUUACCCUCAUAGUGGGAUGGAACUGGCUACAUCUCUGGUAUAGAUUUUCUUGGGGAUGGGAUUCUUUGUAGUUGGUUUUGACUUUUGAAGCCUGUACUAGUGCAGUAGUGCUCACAAGAUCUCAGGCUGUCAUAGAGAUUCAAGACAGUAGAUUAAGGAUUUCUAGAUUUGUCAAUGCUCAGUAUGCCCACCUUGUGUGCUUGAGAUCGAUUUUACUGGCAAUACUUGUCUGGUUAGCAAUAUUUCUAUAAAAUUAACAUUCCAUAAUGUUUAUUUUUUAAGGCAUCAUUCCAUAAUGUUAGUGCAACAUGUGUGAGAAUGUAAAACUUGUAAUGUGCUGAGUUAUGUUCUACUGUCUUGAAUCAUGGCCCGGCAGCUAUUCAUAGCUUUUCCAUAA